AUGGCUAAUAGCUACGCUUUGAUUGCCAUGUUCAUAUUAUCUUUUAUUGGAACGGCAAGACCUACCUUAGGUAGCAUUCCAGAUGAUUGUUCUAUAAUUAAGGACAGCGAUAGAAGAUUUUAUAUAGGAUCGACCGAUAGACACUGCCUAGUGUAUCAUGAACAGUCAACAUCUAAAACCUUCGCUGCUGCGUUUUGUCCCAAUGGACAAUUGUUAGAGAUAAGGAGUCAGACUGAACAGGAUCAACUGGCCGCCGUCAUUGCCGGCAGGUAUUACAAUGAUGUAUGGCUGGGAUUGACCAAGGUCAAUGGUCAAUGGAAGUGGGAUUCGGAAAACUGCGCUGUCUUAUCCUUCCCGUUGAAGGAAUGGCGAGCUGUACAAUGCGAUGGAAGUCAUUCGUUUAUAUGCCAGUAUGUGUCUUUUAAAAAGUCCUUUUCAUGGCGGGAUAGUUUAAUAAACGUAGUAAUAACAGUUAAGGUAGCUUCCUUAAAACACUUCCGACCAGGCAUUAAAAAUGCAAUUACUACUGAUUUUGUUAUAUCUUUGUUCAUGCCGAUGAUGUAUAGAGUCCCUGCAAUGUCUACAAGUAUGACCUUAGAUGUGUUCACAUCUCCUUCACAUAUAUCCAUGUCGUCGUCUUCAGACUUCGUCCAUCAGACUGGUGAACUAGGGAUCCCUCAAUCAGCACCUACUGAUAAUUCAGCACAAAUUUUGACUCAGCAGUCAACUCCUUUAUCAACACCUAGAUCUUCGGCGUGUCAAAUGUCUCCUACAUUAACUACUCCAUCCAAAGUAACUGUUACAUCAACUUCAUCAGCUCAUACAGUAACAGAUACAACAACGCCAUCAAACCCAUCAUCUUCUACUGCCUCAAAACAUCCAUCAACACAUACAACAACGUCAUCAAACCAACCAUCGUCUCCUGUAUCAACAAAUCCAUCAACACAUACAACAACGUCAUCAAACCUACCAUCGUCUCCUGUAUCAACAAAUCCAUCAACACAUACAACAACGUCAUCAAACCAACCAUCGUCUCCUGUAUUAACAAAUCCAUCAACAUCUACGACUACGUCAUCAAACCUACCAUCGUCUCCUGUAUCAACAAAUCCAUCAACACAUACAACAACGUCAUCAAACCAACCAUCGUCUCCUGUAUUAACAAAUCCAUCAACAUCUACAACUACGUCAUCAAACCUACCAUCGUCUCCUGUAUCAACAAAUCCAUCAACACAUACAACAACGUCAUCAAACCAACCAUCGUCUCCUGUAUCAACAAAUCCAUCAACACAUACAACAACGUCAUCAAACCAACCAUCGUCUCCUGUAUUAACAAAUCCAUCAACACAUACAACAACGUCAUCAAACCUACCAUCGUCUCCUGUAUUAAUAAAUCCACCAACAUCUACAACAACUUUAUCGAACCCGCUAUCAACAUUUUCAACAACUUUAUCAAACCCACCAUUGUCGCAUACAUUAACACAUCCAUCAACGCAUACAAUAACGUCAUCGAACCCACAAUUGUACCCUGCAUCAUCACAUACAUCAACUCACAGAUUAACUCCUAUUCCAUCAACUAACCCCUCGUUAGCUCCUACAACAUCAUCUGCAGAGACCUCUUCUAUACCAAUUAGUACAGCGACCCCUAGAUCAGUACCUUCAUUAACUUCAACAACAUUGUCUACGCCAACACGUGAAUCGCCCCGUUCCCCAGUAUCAUGGCCUUUAUCGACCACUACUCAUCCCCUCACUGGCAAAGCUGUGUCGAAAAAUCCAUCUACAGUUUUGGGACAACUUACGUCCGUAUCAAUGGGUCUACAAAGGUCAUCAACUGAUAUAAAAAUCAUUAAUCCAGAGACAGUAAUUACUACAACAAAUUAUGAAAUUAAUCACGACAACACACAAAUAAACCAUUCAGACAAAUUAAAAGACAAGACAACGAUUAUAUCGGCAAACAUAACCACUCCUUCGCCACCACAGCAAGGCCAAGUGUUGGAUAUAACACCACAAGGACCGUCGCUAAUGACAGCAAUAGCCCUGUCUGAGCAAACUGUAACCGUUGAUGAAUCAUCAGUUAAUUCUAUUUCCAAAAGUCUCGUGACGCUAAGUGCUUUCUUUGAUAAUGCCAGUAAAUCUACAACAACCACCUCGCGCCAACUACACAAUGAUACACCAGAUAACAAGCUUGUAGGUUCAACGGAACAGUUCACUAUAUCUAAUAAUUUAAACAACAAAAAGGAAAAUGUUACCACCAGAGAGGAUAUCAAAGACAUCGAAAGCUCGUCAAUGUCAGUCGUAUUUGAACUUUCCACCACGGAAGAAUCGGACAAUAACUUUGACCUAAUCAUAGCUAUGGCAGUCGGGUGGGGUGGAGUCAUGGGGAUAAUUGUUGCGCUGAUUGCUGUAUAUAUAUACAGAAGGCGACGACGACAUUCUCCAGAAGUGCAACGGUCAAUCAAUCUGGCUCCCAGUAUAGUAGAGAACAAGAUGUAUGGAGUGAUGCAAAGAGAGACAACUAAUGUUUGA